AUGCCAUCAUUUGAUGAGGUUCUGAAGGAAGCCGGGGAAUUUGGAAGAUUUCAAAAGAGGGUCUUUUUCCUUCUUUGCCAGACGGGCAUAACUUUCUCUUCACUAUUUACCAGUGUGGUUUUCCUUGGGCAGGCACCAGACAGCUACUGGUGCAGAAUCCCUGGGGCAGCUGAAUUGAGUGAAAAAUGUGGCUGGACACUGGAAGAGGAACAAAACUUCACGGUACUGCCUCUGCACCUGGGGAACAGGUCCUCCAGCGGGGAGUGUGAGAGGCUGGACGUGGUGUGGGACACCUCUGACAGCUGCACCAGCCCCCUUUCCCGCUACGGCAAUCGCAGCGGGGGCGACCUGCCGCUCACCGCCUGCCACGGUACCUGGGUGUACAAACAGCCCCACUCAUCCAUCAUCAGUGAGUAUAACCUGGUGUGCGGCAAUGCCUGGAUGCUGGAUCUCUCACAGGCUAUCCUCAAUCUGGGAUUUCUGGUCGGUGCGUUCACCCUGGGCUAUGCUGCAGACAGAUAUGGCAGAAUCCUCAUCUACCUGCUCUCCUGUCUCGGGGUUGGGAUUUGUGGUAUCAUAGUGGCAUUCUCACCAGACUUUACUGUAUUUCUGAUCUUCCGCUUUCUUCAAGGUGUGUUUGGCAAGGGAACCUGGAUGACAUGCUACGUGAUUGUGACAGAGAUCGUUGGUUCUGACCAGCGGUUCGUUGGGAUUGUGAUUCAGAUGUUUUUCACCCUGGGAAUUAUGAUUCUCCCUGGAAUUGCGUAUUUGGUUCCCACUUGGCAGGGCAUUCAGCUGGCCAUUUCACUGCCCAACUUCCUCUUCCUGCUAUACUACUGGGUGGUUCCUGAAUCUCCACGUUGGCUCCUGACACGCAAAAAGGGAGAGAAGGCAUUAAAAAUCAUGCACAACAUUGCAAAACACAAUGGGAAAUAUCUUUCACCACAUUAUUCAGAGAUCACUGUUAGCAAUGAUGAGGUCAGCAAUCCCUCCUUUCUUGACCUGGUGAGGACUCCCCGGAUGAGGAGGAACACGCUUAUCCUGAUGUAUGCCUGGUUCACAAGUGCCCUGAUCUACCAAGGGCUUGUCAUGCGCCUAGGAAUUGUUGGAGGAAAUCUCUAUCUAGAUUUCUUCAUCUCAGGAGCUGUGGAGCUGCCUGCUGCUCUCCUAAUUUUAGUGACAAUUGAUCGUGUUGGCCGGUGCCUUCCCUUUGGAAUAAGCAAUAUUGUGGCGGGAAUUGCAUGCAUCAUUACUGCCCUCUUGCCAGAAGAUAUUUCAUGGCUCAAAACAACAGUUGCCACACUGGGAAGACUGGCCAUCACAAUAGCUUUUGAAAUCGUCUAUCUUGUGAACACUGAACUAUAUCCUAUGACACUGAGAAACUUUGGUGUUUCCCUGUGCUCGAGUUUGUGUGACCUAGGUGGGAUCAGCCUCCUUUUCCGCCUGGCAGCCAUUUGGUUGGAGCUACCUCUAAUUAUUUUCAGUAUUCUUGCAGUUGUCUGUGGGCUUCUAGUAUUACUUUUACCGGAGACAAAGGGAAUCUCAUUACCUGAGACAGUGGAGGAUGUGGAGCAACUUUCAAGUCACUUUAGUAAAUGUGGCAAGAAACGGAAACACCGGGACAACAGCUCUUAUAUUUGA